UCUGCCCCAGAUCACGUUUGCCACCGGCAGCCAACCAGUCGGGCCCAAGUCCGCGGGCAAAAAGCGAUUGGGGGCGAGUGAGCUCGGCUCCCCGUCCCUCGUCGGGUACCCCCCCCACCGCCGGCCCGGGGCGCUAUAUCCUGUCUUUCUAGCCACCUCCCACUCGUGAAAGCCGAGCGGCGGCCUCGCUGUAACGUUCCAGCGAGAUGUAGCGAGCCGGGUGUCUCGGCUGGACGCUCGCUUGGCUGGGGGUGUGGGGGGUAGGCGGGGGCCGAGAAGCACUGCCAGGAGGAGGAGUGAUGAGAAGAGGGGGUACCCGUCAUCCCCCGAGACCACGGGCCCCUGCUGCAGCUCUCCAGGCGCCCCCUUCCUCCCACGCGAGGGGCAGGUGUUCCACACAGAUUCUCGUGACUUUAAGGACCACACAAUUGGGGAGGUACCAGAUCUUCCCAGGAAAGGAGGAAAUCUUGGGAAGAGAGGGGACAGAGAGCAGACACAGCCCUGGGACCAGCCAAGCUUGAGGCACUGUGGAAAGCUGACAGAACCCAGCAGGAGGAGUGGGAAGGAGCCCCAGCUCCAAAAGAUCAGUUCCAAAAGAUCUGAACUCAGUCUACUUUUCACCAGGAAGAGCCCACCUCAGGGGCCACUUCAAACUUGGGUUGGGCCCUUCUCUGGAUGCCUCUUGCUCUGAAGAGCCCGCUGCUGAGAACCAAAGAAGAUAAGAGGCCAGACUAAUUUCCCCAAGUACGACCCAGGAGAACCCCAGGCAGGCAUCUGCACCACUAGUGGCAGGCGACUUCAUCUCUUGUUUUUCCUCAGCUUAGGCUGCAGUGCUUGAUGGGGCUGCCUGUUGGUGGAUCAGUUUUUGCAGUGCCUGGUAGGAGCAGAGAGCCAAGGGACAAGCCUGGGUUUACCCCAAGACUAAGUUCUUUCCCAAGUUAGAGAGGGAGAGCAAAAAAGUGGGAAAAGAAAGUACUCCUCUCCUCUCCUCCCUGCCCGUCAUGUCCUCUAAGCUGGAGCCAAAGGACGUCCACCAGCUGAACGGGACUGGCCCUACUCCCUCUCCCUGUUCUUCAGAUGGCCCCGGGCGCGAGCCCUUGGCUGGGACGGCAGAGUUCCUGGGGCCUGAUGGGGCUGGGGAGGAGGUGGUGGUAAUUGAGUCUCGGGCCAACGCCAAGGGGGUUCGGGAGGAGGACGCCCUGCUGGAGAACGGGAGCCAGAGCAACGAAAGUGACGACGUCAGCACAGACCGUGGCCCUGCACCACCCUCCCCGCUCAAGGAGACUUCCUUUUCCAUCGGGCUGCAAGUGCUAUUCCCCUUCCUCCUGGCAGGCUUUGGGACUGUGGCUGCCGGCAUGGUGCUGGACAUUGUGCAGCACUGGGAGGUCUUCCAGAAGGUGACAGAGGUCUUCAUUCUGGUGCCGGCGCUGCUGGGGCUCAAGGGGAACCUGGAAAUGACUCUGGCAUCGAGGCUGUCCACCGCAGCCAACAUUGGACAAAUGGAUACACCCAAGGAGCUCUGGCGGAUGAUCACUGGGAACAUGGCCCUCAUCCAGGUGCAGGCCACGGUUGUGGGCUUCCUGGCAUCCAUUGCCGCCGUCAUCUUUGGCUGGAUCCCCGAUGGCCACUUCAGUAUCCCACAUGCCUUCCUGUUGUGUGCCAGCAGUGUGGCCACAGCCUUCAUUGCCUCCCUGGUGCUGGGUAUGAUCAUGAUUGGAGUCAUCAUUGGCUCUCGGAAGAUUGGGAUCAACCCAGACAACGUGGCCACGCCCAUUGCUGCCAGCCUAGGCGACCUCAUCACCUUGGCACUGCUCUCAGGCAUCAGCUGGGGACUCUACUUGGAACUGAAUCACUGGCGAUACAUCUACCCCCUGGUAUGUGCCUUUUUCGUGGCCCUGCUGCCUGUCUGGGUGGUACUGGCACGACGAAGCCCAGCCACAAGGGAAGUGUUAUAUUCGGGCUGGGAGCCUGUCAUCAUUGCCAUGGCCAUCAGCAGCGUGGGAGGCCUCAUCCUAGACAAGACUGUCUCAAACCCCAACUUUGCAGGGAUGGCUGUCUUCACACCCGUAAUUAAUGGUGUUGGGGGAAAUCUGGUGGCAGUGCAGGCCAGCCGCAUCUCUACCUUCCUGCACAUGAAUGGGAUGCCUGGGGAGAACUCUGAGCAAGCUCCUCGCCGCUGCCCCAGUCCUUGCACCACUUUCUUCAGUCCUGAUGUCAAUUCCCGCUCGGCCCGGGUCCUCUUCCUUCUUGUGGUCCCAGGGCACCUGGUGUUCCUCUACACCAUCAGCUGUAUGCAGGGUGGGCACACCACCCUCACGCUCAUCUUCAUCAUCUUCUACAUGACAGCUGCACUGCUCCAGGUGCUGAUUCUCCUGUACAUCGCAGACUGGAUGGUGCACUGGAUGUGGGGCCGAGGCCUCGACCCAGACAACUUCUCCAUCCCGUACUUGACUGCUCUGGGAGACCUGCUUGGCACUGGGCUCCUGGCACUCAGCUUCCAUGUCCUCUGGCUCAUUGGGGACCGAGACACGGAUGUCGGGGACUAACUUGGCCGCUCAACCUUUUCCCCGUCCCUCUGCACUUUCUAUUUGAAGUUUUUCAUUUAUUCCCCUAUCCCUACCCCACCCUACACUCCCACAUCUUUUGAGGACUUCACUUUGAUACCAAAUUCUCAUUAUUUUCAAUGGGAAUUUUUAUACAUUGAGCCAAGUUUGGAUAGCAAGAAUUCAGGAAGGACAGAUGGACUGAGUGAGAUAAGCAGUACAAGUAGGUUUCUGAGACAAUCACCAAGUGCAAUUUCAUGGUGGGUGCCUCCGAGUGAGGUGGAUUAGGGCAGGGGGUUUCUGUGUGAGUUCUGGAGACAUUUGGUUUAACUUUAGCAACCUUAGUCUUGGCCCUAAUGAGAAACCCUUUGUGAGUGGGCUAUGGCUUUUGUUGUUUUCUUUGUUCUUUUUUUAGUUGAACAGAGGGAUAAGUAACACUCCCCCCAACCAGCGCACGCACACACACAUGCAUUUGUAGAAGUGGACCAACUUCAGAGCACUGGGCAGGAGACGAGUGGUUUGGUAAUUCCAGUCCUUUUCUCACCAUCUAGACCAAGGCCCUGCUGCUCUAAGAAGGAUGUGAACCGGCUUCAGGUCAUGAACAUGCCAUCUCCUGAUUGCCUGGUCAACAUCACCCACCCUCCCUCUGAUUGGUUUCUAUUUGAAGGUCACGUCUGAGAAGAAAUGAGCGUGGCCUCGACUCCCUGUUGAAUCAUGUCUACCCAUAGGUUUCCCAAGGUUCCUGUCCUUGUCCUCAGGCUUUUGUCUCAUUUCUUGCCUCUAAACACUUCCCCUCCCCAGAGCCCGCUAGGUAGUUCUGAGACCAGGGGGACAGAAAAGGUAUGUGUAUGACUUGGAGGUUGAGGACAACCAGGGGUGUUUUGUUGCUGCUGUUUUUCCUGAGGACAUAAUCACAUGAUCACAUUGGCCUCUGUUACUUGCUAAAAGACUCUUUCAACCAUGCCAGGAGAGUCAGAUAUCCUGUCCCUGAGCUCCUGCCCACAAAUGUUUAUUCUUCAUUCAGCAAACCCAGCCUCCCCAAGAUAAGCAUUUCUUCUGCAGGCCUGGUCUGAAACGUUCAUUGAGCAGUAAGUACGGGGUGAUAGGGAUUGUGCAGGCCCUGACUAGCCAGGGUAAGGGAAUCACAGUGUUAACCUCGCCUCAUUCUCUAGCUUCCUAGGGCCACGUACCCCUGUCAGUCUGGCAGAGAAAGUUCCCUUUUUCCGGGUAUUUGUAUCUGUUGUACCAAACUAGGUUCAGCCUCACUCUCCUUCCAGAUCCCAGCUCUUCAAUGCUGACCACAGCUCAGACCACCAACCCAUUGCUUAACCCCACAACAGCCCUGCUCCCCUUCCUUUCCCUCUGCCUCUACUCCUCACGCACCCAGAAGAGGAUUUGGAACUAGCAUGCCAGACAUCAGCUGCUACUUUUCUCCAUAGCACAGAACUUGGAGAAGCCAGAGCCUCUACCUCUUGCCCUCUUGCCCUCUUCCCUUGAGCAGCUCAGAAAGCCAGCCACACUCUCACAUGCAAAUGUAGGCAUUGGGCUAUAGGCUUUUUCUAGCCUGUCUGAAGCAUCCCUCUAAGCUUCCCCCCUGGACCCUCAGAGCCCACCUCCCAGGGAGGUGUGUGCAGUGGUCCUGUUUCUGUCAGCACUAUGCCUUCAUCCAAGAGCUUGCCUUAGACCUCUGUCCAGAGUGUCCUUUCCCUUCAUCUCCUCCCAGGCCACCUUCGCGAAUCUAGAGUCUUAGAGUCCGAAGGAGUCAAAGAGGUUCUUUAAUUGGAGUUGUGUCCAGCUGAGUCCGUUAACACCAGCCUGAGCUUGUUCCUGCUCUGGCUGCCUUUUGCCUUUGCCUCCACGUCAGAACACACCUGCACACAGACUCUUGUACAGGCACCCUACCCUGAGGCUGUGGCCUGGAAUUCUCCAGCCACUCGCCCUUCCCUUGUCUCUGGAGUUCAGCCAUGUUGUCCUGGAGGGCUCUGGGGAACCCAUCCUCCUUUGCCUAGAAAGCAGAGAAGUGGGCACGCCAAGCCUCGGAGCACGUGAGCAGAGGAAGACUGGGGUGGGAGGGAAGGAAAAUGAAAGUGACUUCAACAGACGAUUCAUUUCUCCCCCCUGAUUGCACCAACUGCAUGUACUUUUGGCCUGGCUGCAAGGAGCAAUAUUGGUUUACUCUUGUAUCCUUCAAAAGUUACAGAACUGUGUCUUAAGAGAAUUAUUUAUAGUUACUAUAACUGAAUUGACAAAUGUCAACUUAACUGAUAAAUUAUAUUUGGUAAAAUAAAGAGGAUGUUUAUUUA